AUGGAACUCAAAAUCCCGCUUCUUCUUUAUGGAACCGCCUGGAAAGAGGAAAGGACGGCUCAUCUUACAGAGACGGCUGUGUUGAAAGGCUUCACAUGCAUCGAUACGGCCAACUACCCGACUACGUACGACGAGAAACUGACGGGCGAUGGAAUUGCGGCGGCCCUCAAGUCUGGUAUCAAAAGAAGCGAUCUUUUUAUCCAAACGAAAUUCGCGCCAGUCUGGGCUCACCAUCCGAAAAAGAUCCCCUUCAAUCCUCACCAGGACAUUGAGGGCCAGAUAACUGAGUCGGUACGACAGAGUCUUGAGCAUCUUCAAGUCGAUUACUUGGACUCCUUGCUGCUUCAUGUACCAUUUGAGGAUGAUAGAGACAAUCUGAUCGCCUGGAAAGUUCUCGAGACCUUUGUGCCACACACGAUCCGUUCCCUCGGUGUUUCCAACUUCAAGUUGUUACAGCUUAAGGAGGUGUAUGCCAACGCAACGGUUAAGCCUGUCAUGGUGCAGAACCGCUUCUACAAAGAGACGGGCUUUGACUCUGACCUGCGAGAAUUUUGCGUAGAGAGAGGCAUAACGUACCAGGCAUACUGGAUGCUCAGGAACAACCCGGAGAUUCUAGCAUCAGACAUCUUGAAGUCCGUAGCUGCAAAGCUUAACGUGGAGAAGGAGCUCGCCUUUUAUGUCUUGAUCUUGGGUUUAGGCGGGACUCAGAUACUAGAUGGUACGACAAACCCUGAGCGAAUGGAACAGGACUUGAAGACGGUUGGCGAGGUGUUUGGUAAUAGAGGGCGGUUGCGUGAGCUGCAAGGAGAUAUCAACGCGUUCCGCCAGCUUUUGUCGAAACUAUCGACUGUAGCAGAGUAA